GCUGCGUACCAGGGCGACACGCUCUCGGUCGAGCUGCUGCUCAAGCACAGGGCGAGCACGAACACCAAGGACGACACUGGGCUCACGCCGCUGCACUGGGCGGUUGUGCGCGGGAACCAACUGUGCAUCCGCAAGCUCGUCGAGGUCGGCUCGGACGUGCACGCAAAGGACGGGGAGGGCCAGACG